AGAAGGGAGGACUGCUCCUCUGGUACAAUGACUCUGUUCAGCAGAGAAGUGGAACUGUUACAGUUGGAACAAGAUCCUGAUCCCGGAGUGGUUGUUUUUGCAUUUGACUUAGAAACAAACGGGAUGACCACCAGAUGUGAUAUCUUGCAGAUAGGUGUAAAAGGGUUCAACUGGAGCACAGAUGAGGGGUUUGUUCAGGAAUUCAACCAGUAUGUCACACCUACAAAUGAAAUACCCCAACAUUCCUCAAGAGUUCACCACCUAGCACGUGAUGAAGACGGGGACCUUGUUAAAGAAACAGACACUCCGGGGAACCACGAAAAAUUGGAAACAUUACCGAUUAAAGCGGCCUUAACGAACAUGUGGGAAUGGUUGCUGAAAGACAACCCUCCUGUGCUUCUUGUAGGAUUCAAUAACUCUCGCUUUGACAAUCACAUCAUACUCCACCACUCCAAGAUCUGCUGUGAACCAGAUCUCAUGGACCGGGUUAGAUCACGUGUUCACUUCACUGAUCUCCGCACAGUUUUAUCUCAGCGAGGGGAGCAGGGAAACCUGGAGAGUCACUACAACUCCUGUGAUGGACCUCCUCUAGAACUUCAUGAUGCUAUCUCUGACUGCACUGCGAUAUGUUGGGUUUUAAACGGGAAGGCAGUGUCGUAUGAUGAGUUAAGGGGUAGGGCGGUCUCGCUUGAGAGUGUGCUGCAGAAAAAAAAUAAAAGCUCCCAUCCGUUGUUGAUAGGUAAGUUAGUAACACCUAAAGUGGCGGAGAAGAUUGGAUUUAUUACUCGUGAGAAUUACCUGAAGUUUUCUGAGGAGGAACUCAUUAGGUUCUUAAAGACUAAAGGGGUAACAAAGAUAUCGAUAACUUUGUGUGUCAAGAAAUGGAGGGCUGUUUCUUACGAAGCUGAUUUCUAAUGAUUUUUGGAAAAUUGCUAUUAUUAUAUAAAUCUGCUGUACGUAAAGACUGUACGUUCUAGAUUAGUUGUUU